AUGAAGAUCUCAGCCGCUGCCUUUGAAAACUUCUUUGUUGAGAAAACGAAGGAAGUCGACAUGAAGAUGGAGCGCAGCACGCCUUCCGGGAUCCCUGUUGAUUUGAAAUCCUUUCGCUUCACAGCUGGCGAGAAACUCUUGAUUGAUACUGCCAAGCUUUCGAGCUUGCCACCAAGCAAGGUCGAGAUGCUUCAUGCUCUCGUCGUCGAUGAAUCAGCAGAACCGUUUGAACGUCAGGCAGUCAAGGGACUUCUUGCUCGUCACGGAAAGGGCGACGAAGAUGUUGCUUCUGCAAACUAUGGACAGAGAUUCGACGACCCCUCGAAGCAAAUCAAUCUUUUUGAAAACGUCCUUCGAAUGCCACUUGUGAAUGAAGCCUUCAAGAUGUCUAUCGCAAGUGCGUGCAGGGCCCUGGCAAAUAGCAAGCAUGCAACCUUGAUGGACAUUGGGCUGGGCAAGGGAGAUUCUUUGGCUAUCGUCCAGCGAAACGUCGCCUCACUAGCAGUGAACAUAAAGGUCCAAGUUACAUGCGAAACGAUUCAUUCGUAUGCCGAGGACUUGGACUGGUCAUCCAUCAAGUCGAAAGUCAAGGGAGACUUGGUGGUGCUGUCCAAUUUCACAUUGCACCACUUGAAAAAGGAACAUCCAGAGAUGCAAGUUGGCGCGAGGAUUGCCCGUGACAACUUCUUCGCCGGACUCGGAAGUCUUCAUCCGGUUCUAGUCAAUAUCAUUGAACCAGACUCGGACCACCUAACCGAUGACUUGCAAAGAAGAAUGGCAUUUCUUCUCCUUCACUUUAGGGCUGUGAAGGAAUACAUCUCUGGAGUUGACUGUACAGACGCUGACCGCACCGAGCGCCACGAGCCCUACUACGCUUGGCAAAAGCGCUUUCUUUGCCAUGGAUUUCAACCAUCGAACAUUGUCAUUGGCGAAGGCAGUGGCGACCACAGGUUGGAGAUCAAAUCCAUUCCGGGCGUUGCUCGACUUUUCUGUAGCCAGUUUCCCAUACUAUCGCUACUGUCCUUCUCUUGCAAGCAGCCUGUAGUGGACUUGUCACUCAACAUCCCUGAAGCUUCUCAGUUCUACCCAAAGGAUGCAUCGGCUUUGAAGGGAGCCCUGAUCGAGCACUUGCAUUCCACAGAAGCCCUUCCCUUCGAUUCUACUGUUGGACUGAAACACCUUCAUGUCAGUGCGGGAAGCGCGAACAUUUUGUCCCUCCUCAGCCGAGUUGUUUCUGAGGAAUUCGACAUUUUGACGACACUCGAUCACGAGUUUCCAAUCAUAAAGACUUUUGCCAAAACAGUUGAAUCAAUUCCAGUCCGGUCGCACCAUGUGCUUGACAUGGACUUGAAGGCACUAUCCAAUCGUCUUCGAGAUCUUGCAGAAUUGAACAAGUCUGUUGCAGUCUGCUUCUCCAACCCUCAAGGAGUUACGGGUGGUUGGGUUGCAAAGACUGCCCUCGAGAAGUUGAUCAGGGAAUUUCCUAGCGUCCUCUUCAUUGUCGAUGAGUGCUACAUUCAAUACACGCAAAAAGCUGAAACGAUGCUGGAAACAGCAAUCACGUGCGACAAUGUGGUCCUGGUCAGGUCGUUCUCCAAGGAUUUUGGACUUGCCGGCAGUCGCGUGGGGUUCAUGGUCGCGCGGACGCACUGGAUCGAUCGGGUCAAGCAGCUGGAUAUCCUUCGUGGGCUUCUCACCUCCUCUCAAGAGAUGGCCCUGGAAGCAUUAGCGACGUAUGCUCUCACUAGAGACCGUUGCAAUGAAGUGAUCCGCACGCGUGAAAUUUUCCAGUAUCACUUGAGUCUCAUGGGGUUGGAGUUGCUGCCCAGUAAAGCUAACUUUGUGGCGUUUUCCCACCAAGAAGCACCGGAGAUUGCACGUGAGUUAGAGGAGGGCUUUGGCUUUCGUGUGGCUGUCCGCCAAUCUGGAUCCAACCGUUUAGUCCGCAUCACUGUCCCUCCCUUGAGACUACUGGGCGCACUCGAGACGGCAUUGUCAUCCAUUGUCAGCCGUAGACAUUGUUGA